AAAUCUGAAGAACCUGAACCUGAGGAGAUGAUGGAUCUAUUUGUAGAUAUGGCGCCAAAAAUUAGAAAACAGAAGAAAAUAUUUGUUGGAAAAGAGGAAAAACCCGCUUCUAGUAGAUUAGCAAUACGCCCAGAGUGUACAGAUCCAGUACUAGCGUUAGGUAGUGAACUAGAGAGCUGGGGUGAGGGUGGAACUGAAGCAGGAUGGAGUGAAGAUUCAAGUUUAGAUGAUCUCCUCAAAUUGCAGAAAUUGAAAAGAUGAUUAAAAAAAGAGUAAAAUGGAUGAAUCUGUAGUUGUUGCCAAUAUGAUCACUUGGUUAUGUCUUCGACGUUAAACUUUACAUUAUUUAAACUUUAAAGCCUCAAUGUAUAUGUCCACAGUUAUGGCUAUUAAUGGUUAAUGGUGAUAUCAUUUUGAAUUUAUAUUUUAAAACUAGUAUCUAAAUGAUCUUUUAAACACUAUUAUUUUUUAGUUUGUUUUGGAAGAGAUACAAAACCAGGGCGGGUCUUUAAUAAAUGUUUUCAUCACUGAACAUCUAAAUAAUUAUUUUAUUUUUACAAGUAUUUUGAGACACCUUGCAUAUUCUAUCUGUGAUAUUCCUCUAGGUGUGUUGUGUGAUUACAGUAUUUUUAUUUAUUAACUUAAUUAUUGUUUUUCCCAAUUUCUUUUUCAUUCAAAAAUUUUAAAAUAUUAUUUUUGUAAAAUAAUGCAAUUUUUUCUAGUUUCGAAAAUGUUGCACAGGUUUUUUUUUUCAAUCUGCUACUACGGUUUGAAAAAUAAUUUCUUAUUAAUGUGGUAAGAUAAUAAUAUUACCCCUUUUUGAUCAGUGUAUUGCAGGGAUUAUCUGUAAUUUGGAGAUUGUUAGCUUGCUAAGUCAUCUAAAAGUAAUUGUUUAAAUUGUUGUUGAAUGUUUCAGAA